CGCCGCCGCCGCAGCCGCCUCCGCAGCCGCAGCCGCAGCCGCAGCACCAUGACCGCUCUGAGCGCCGGGGUUACAGACUGUGGUUUUGAACUUGCUCCCCAGAGCUAACUUCAGCAUGCUCAAAAGGAAGCAGAGCUCCAGGGUGGAGGCCCAGCCGGUCACCGACUUUGGUCCUGACGAAUCUCUGUCGGACAGCGCAGACAUACUCUGGAUUAACAAGCCAUGGGUUCAUUCUCUGCUGCGCAUCUGUGCCAUCAUCAGCGUCAUUUCUGUCUGCAUGAACACGCCCAUGACCUUCGAACACUACCCUCCUCUGCAGUACGUGACCUUCACCCUGGACACUCUGUUGAUGUUUCUCUACACGGCAGAGAUGAUAGCAAAAAUGCAUAUCCGGGGGAUUGUCAAGGGGGAUAGUUCCUAUGUGAAAGAUCGCUGGUGUGUUUUUGAUGGAUUUAUGGUCUUUUGCCUUUGGGUUUCAUUGGUGUUACAGGUAUUUGAAAUCACUGAUAUAGUGGAUCAGAUGUCCCCUUGGGGCAUGUUACGGAUCCCACGGCCACUGAUUAUGAUCCGGGCAUUUCGGAUUUAUUUCCGAUUUGAACUACCAAGGACCAGAAUUACAAAUAUUUUAAAGCGAUCAGGAGAACAAAUAUGGAGUGUUUCCAUUUUCCUCAUUUUCUUCCUACUUCUUUAUGGAAUUUUAGGAGUUCAGAUGUUUGGGACAUUUACCUAUCACUGUGUAGUAAAUGACACGAAACCAGGAAAUGUAACCUGGAAUAGUUUAGCUAUCCCAGAUACACACUGCUCACCAGAGCUGGAAGAAGGCUACCAGUGCCCCCCAGGAUUUAAAUGCAUGGACCUCGAAGAUCUGGGACUUAGCAGGCAAGAGCUGGGCUACAGUGGCUUUAAUGAGAUAGGCACCAGCAUCUUCACCGUGUACGAGGCUGCAUCCCAGGAAGGCUGGGUAUUCCUCAUGUACAGAGCCAUCGACAGCUUUCCCCGCUGGCGUUCCUAUUUCUACUUCAUUACCCUUAUUUUCUUCCUUGCCUGGCUUGUUAAGAAUGUGUUUAUUGCUGUCAUCAUUGAAACAUUUGCAGAAAUCAGGGUACAGUUUCAACAGAUGUGGGGAUCGAGAAGCAGCACUACUUCGACAGCCACGACGCAGAUGUUUCACGAAGACGCCGCUGGCGGGUGGCUGCUGGUAGCCGUAGACGUCAACAAACCCCAGGGACGUGCCCCAGCUUGCCUCCAGCAAAUGAUGCGGUCCUCCGUCUUCCACAUGUUCAUCCUGAGCAUGGUGACCGUGGACGUGAUAGUGGCCGCCAGCAACUAUCACAAAGAAGAAACCUUCAGAAGGCAAUACGACGAGUUCUAUCUUGCGGAGGUGGCUUUUACGGUACUUUUUGAUUUGGAAGCACUUCUGAAGAUAUGGUGUUUGGGAUUUACUGGAUAUAUUAGCUCAUCUCUCCACAAAUCCGAGCUGCUGCUCGUAAUUGGAACCACUCUUCAUGUAUAUCCAGAUCUUUAUCAUUCUCAAUUCACAUACUUUCAGGUUCUUCGGGUAGUUCGGCUUAUCAAAAUUUCACCUGCAUUAGAAGACUUCGUGUACAAGAUAUUUGGUCCUGGAAAAAAGCUCGGAAGUUUGGUUGUAUUUACUGCCAGCCUCUUGAUUGUUAUGUCAGCAGUUAGUUUGCAGAUGUUCUGCUUUGUCGAAGAGCUGGAUAGAUUUACAACGUUUCCAAGGGCAUUUAUGUCCAUGUUCCAGAUCCUUACCCAGGAAGGAUGGGUUGACGUCAUGGACCAAACGCUAAAUGCCGUGGGACACAUGUGGGCACCAGUGGUCGCCAUCUAUUUCAUUCUGUAUCACCUCUUCGCCACUCUGAUCCUCCUGAGUUUGUUUGUCGCUGUUAUUUUGGACAACUUAGAACUUGAUGAAGAUCUAAAGAAGCUUAAACAAUUAAAGCAAAGUGAAGCAAAUGCAGACACCAAAGAAAAGCUCCCUUUGCGACUUCGAAUCUUUGAAAAAUUUCCAAACAGACCGCAAAUGGUGAAAAUCUCAAAGCUUCCUUCAGAUUUUACAGUUCCUAAAAUCAGGGAAAGUUUCAUGAAGCAGUUUAUUGAUCGCCAGCAACAGGAUACCUGCUGCCUCUUGCGAAGCCUUCCAUCCGCCUCUUCCUCAUCCUGCGAUCACUCCAAACGGUCUGCGAUUGAGGACAAGUACAUUGACCAAAAACUUCGCAAGUCUGUCUUCAGCAUCAGGGCAAGGAACCUUCUAGAAAAGGAGACCGCAGUCACUAAAAUUUUAAGAGCUUGCACUCGACAGCGCAUGCUGAGCGGAUCAUUUGAGGGGCAGCCGGCAAAGGAAAGGUCGAUUCUCAGUGUGCAGCACCAUAUCCGCCAAGAGCGCAGGUCACUAAGACACGGAUCAAACAGCCAGAGGGUCAGCAGGGGGAAAUCUCUUGAAACUCUGACUCAAGAUCAUUCCAAUACAGUGAGAUACAGAAAUGCACAAAGAGAAGACAGCGAAAUAAAGAUGAUCCAGGAGAAAAAGGAGCAAGCAGAAAUGAAAAGGAAAGUGCAGGAAGAGGAGCUGAGGGAGAACCACCCGUACUUCGAUAAGCCCCUGUUCAUCGUGGGUCGGGAGCACAGGUUCAGAAACUUCUGCCGAGUGGUGGUCCGAGCUCGCUUCAACGCAUCUAAAACAGAUCCGGUCACGGGAGCUGUGAAAAAUACAAAGUACCAUCAACUUUAUGAUUUGCUGGGAUUGGUGACUUACCUGGACUGGGUCAUGAUUAUCGUGACCAUUUGCUCCUGCAUUUCCAUGAUGUUCGAAUCCCCCUUCCGGAGAGUCAUGCACGCACCCACUUUGCAGAUCGCCGAGUAUGUGUUUGUGAUAUUCAUGAGCAUUGAGCUUAAUCUGAAGAUUAUGGCAGAUGGCUUAUUUUUCACUCCAACUGCUGUCAUCAGGGACUUCGGUGGAGUCAUGGACAUAUUUAUAUAUCUUGUGAGCUUGACAUUUCUUUGCUGGAUGCCUGCAAACGUGCCCGCGGAGUCGGGGGCUCAGCUUCUACUUCUUCUCCGCUGCCUGCGGCCUCUGCGGAUAUUCAAGCUGGUGCCCCAGAUGAGGAAAGUUGUUCGAGAACUUUUCAGCGGCUUCAAGGAAAUUUUUCUGGUCUCCAUUCUUUUGCUGACAUUAAUGCUUGUUUUUGCAAGCUUCGGAGUUCAGCUCUUUGCUGGAAAACUGGCCAAGUGCAAUGAUCCCAACAUUAUUAGAAGGGAAGAUUGUAAUGGAAUAUUCAGAAUUAAUGUAAGUGUGUCCAAGAACUUAAAUUUAAAAUUAAAACCUGGAGAGAAAAAACCUGGAUUUUGGGUGCCCCGUGUUUGGGCGAAUCCUCGGAACUUUAAUUUCGACAAUGUGGGCAAUGCUAUGCUGGCAUUGUUUGAAGUUCUCUCCUUGAAAGGCUGGGUGGAAGUGAGGGAUGUUAUUAUUCAUCGUGUGGGUCCGAUGCAUGGAAUCUAUAUUCAUGUUUUUGUAUUCCUGGGUUGCAUGAUUGGACUGACCCUUUUUGUUGGAGUAGUUAUUGCUAAUUUCAAUGAAAACAAGGGGACGGCUCUGCUGACGGUAGAUCAGAGAAGAUGGGAAGAUUUGAAGAGCCGCCUGAAGAUAGCACAGCCUCUUCAUCUGCCGCCUCGCCCGGAUAAUGAUGGUUUUAGAGCUAAGAUGUAUGACAUAACCCAGCAUCCAUUUUUUAAGAGGACAAUUGCAUUACUCGUCCUGGCCCAGUCGGUGUUGCUGUCCGUCAAGUGGGACGUCGAGGACCCAGUGACUGUUCCUUUGGCAACCAUGUCGGUCGUUUUCACGUUCAUCUUUGUUCUAGAGGUUACAAUGAAGAUCAUAGCGAUGUCACCUGCCGGCUUCUGGCAAAGCAGAAGAAAUAGGUACGACCUUCUGGUGACGUCACUCGGCGUUGUCUGGGUGGUACUUCACUUUGCCCUCCUGAACGCGUACACCUACAUGAUGGGCGCAUGUGUGAUUGUCUUCCGGUUUUUCUCUAUCUGCGGGAAGCAUGUAACACUAAAGAUGCUUCUCCUGACAGUGGUCGUCAGCAUGUAUAAAAGCUUCUUUAUCAUAGUGGGGAUGUUCCUAUUGCUGCUGUGUUAUGCUUUUGCUGGAGUUGUCUUAUUUGGUACUGUGAAAUAUGGAGAGAACAUUAACAGGCAUGCAAACUUUUCUUCAGCUGGCAAAGCUAUUACCGUACUGUUCCGAAUUGUCACAGGAGAAGAUUGGAACAAGAUUAUGCAUGACUGCAUGGUCCAGCCCCCCUUUUGUACUCCAGAUGAAUUUACAUACUGGGCAACGGACUGUGGGAAUUAUGCUGGGGCACUUAUGUAUUUCUGUUCAUUUUAUGUCAUCAUUGCCUACAUCAUGCUAAAUCUGCUUGUAGCCAUAAUUGUGGAGAAUUUCUCCUUGUUUUAUUCCACUGAGGAGGACCAGCUUUUAAGUUACAACGAUCUUCGCCACUUCCAAAUCAUAUGGAACAUGGUGGAUGACAAAAGAGAGGGGGUGAUCCCGACUUUCCGCGUGAAGUUCCUGCUGCGGCUUCUGCGGGGGAGGCUGGAGGUGGACCUGGACAAGGACAAGCUUCUGUUCAAGCACAUGUGCUACGAGAUGGAGAGGCUGCACAACGGCGGUGAUGUCAGCUUCCACGACGUGCUCAGCAUGCUUUCCUACCGGUCGGUUGACAUCCGGAAGAGUUUGCAGCUGGAGGAGCUGCUCGCGAGGGAGCAGCUUGAGUACACCAUCGAGGAGGAGGUGGCCAAGCAGACCAUCCGCAUGUGGCUGAAGAAGUGCUUAAAGCGCAUCAGAGCCAAACAGCAGCAGUCCUGCAGCAUCAUCCACAGCCUGAGAGAGAGCCAACAGCAAGAGCUGAGCCGGUUUCUGAACCCGCCCAGUAUCGAGACCACGCAGCCCAGCGAGGACCUGAACGCCAACAGUCAGGACAACGUGCAACCCGAGACGAGCAGCCGGCAGCGGCUUCUGAGCCCCACGCUGUCGGACCGGGGGGCCAGUCGGCAGGACGCGGCCGAGGCCGGGAAGCCCCAGAGGAAGUUCGGCCAGUGGCGCCUGCCCUCGGCACCAACACCAAUAAGCCACUCGGUGUCUUCGGUCAACUUACGGUUUGGAGGGCGGACCACAGUGAAAUCUGUCGCGUGCAAAAUGAACCCCACGACAGACACGGCUUCCUGCGGUUCCGAGGUUAAGAAGUGGUGGACUCGGCAGCUGACAGUGGAGAGCGACGAAAGCGGAGAUGACCUUCUGGACAUUUAGAUGGAAACCAGUGAAGAUGAAAGCCCACUGGUGAAAACUGACUUCUGAUAUGUUCUUUCACUGUCCA